GGCAGUUCCGUAACGCUUUGCCGAAUUUGGGGCAGUUCAUAAAUGUGAUUGUGAAACAGAGCAAUUACCGCUCGAUUAGACACUAUGGAUCCCAAUCGGAUAAUUCAAGCACUGAAAGGGACGAUAGAUCCCAACCUUCGGAUAGCGGCUGAAAACGAACUCAAUCAGUCGUACAAGAUCAUCAACUUCGCCCCCACUCUGCUCCAGAUCAUUGUGUCUGAACAGGUGGAGGUCCCUGUUCGCCAAGCAGCGGCCAUCUACCUCAAGAACAUGGUGAGCCAGUACUGGCAGGACCGCGAGCCCUCUCUAGGGGAGGCUGUGUUCCCCUUCAACAUCCACGAGAACGACCGCGCGCAGAUCAGAGACAACAUCGUGGAGGGCAUCAUCCAGUGUCCCGAGUCCAUCCGGGCCCAGUUGACAGUGUGUUUGCGAGCCAUCAUAAAGCACGACUUCCCCGGGCGCUGGACGGCCAUAGUGGAUAAGAUCGGCCUGUAUCUGCAGUCUCAGAACAGUGGCAGCUGGUACGGCAGCCUCCUGGCCCUCUACCAGCUGGUCAAGACCUACGAGUAUAAGAAGGCGGAGGAGAGGGAUCCGCUGCUAGCAGCCAUGCAGAUCUUCCUGCCCCGUAUACAGCAGCUCGUCACCCAGCUACUGCCUGACGGCACCAUCUUCUCUGUCCUCAUACAGAAACAGAUCCUCAAGAUCUUCCACGCACUCGUACAGUACUCCCUGCCUCUCCAGCUGAUUAAUAACGCAGUCAUUACCCAGUGGAUGGAGAUCCUCAGAGCUGUUAUGGACAGAGAUGUCCCCCCAGAGACGUUGGAAGUGGAUGAGGACGACCGUCCUGACUUGGUGUGGUGGAAGAGUAAGAAGUGGGCCCUACACAUCAUCACCAGACUGUUCGAGAGGUACGGAAGCCCCGGCAAUGUGACAAAGGAGUACUUUGAGUUUGCAGAGUUUUUCUUGAAGACGUACGCUGUAGGGAUCCAACAGGUCCUGUUGAAGGUGCUGGACCAACACCGACAGAAGCAGUAUGUCACGCCUCACGUUCUCCAGAAAUCUCUUAACUACCUGAACCAGGGCCUGUCUCACUCCCUCACCUGGAAACACAUGAAGCCACACAUGCAGACCAUCAGCCAAGAGGUGAUCUUCCCUCUCAUGUGUUACAAAGACGAGGAUGAGAAACUGUGGCAGGAGGAUCCAUACGAGUACAUCCGCAUGAAGUUCAAUGUGUAUGAUGACCAUGCCCUCCCUGCCACCGCCGCCCAGAGCCUCCUGUGUAAAGCAGCCCGCAAGAGGAAGGAGGUUCUUCCCCAGAUGAUGGAGUUCUGCCACCAGAUCAUGAUGGAGCCCUCUGCUGACCCCCGCAGGAAGGAUGGGGCGCUGCAUGUCAUCGGCUCACUGGCCGAACUCCUACUGAAGAAGCGGGUGUACAGGGAGCAGAUGGAGCUGAUGUUACAGAACUAUGUGUUCCCUCUACUCAACUCCCCUCUGGGAUACCUCCGGGCUAGGUCGUGCUGGGUGCUGCAUUCGUUCAGCCUGCUGCGUUUCCAUAACGAGUUGGUCCUGAGGAAUGCGGUGGAGCUGGUCAAACAGGGCCUCAUAGCAGACAAGGAGAUGCCCGUCAAGGUGGAGGCUGCUAUCGCCUUGCAGACACUGGUCAGCAACCAGGAGCAAGCUAAGGUCUACAUCAGGCCCUACAUCCGGCCUGUCAUGCAGGAGCUGCUCCACGUCAUCAAGGAGACGGAGAACGAUGACCUCACUAACGUCAUUCAAAAGAUGAUCUGCGAGUACAACCAGGAAGUGGCUGCCAUCGCCGUCGACAUGACCCAGAACCUGGCCGAGAUCUUCACCAAGGUGCUACAGAGUGAAGAGUAUGAGGAGAGUGAAGACAAGACGGUGAUGGCUCUGGGGAUCCUCAGCACCAUAGACACCAUACUCACUGUUAUGGAGGACCACAAGGAGAUCACUCAGCAGUUGGAGGGCAUCUGUUUACAGGUGAUAGGCCUGGUGCUGCAGAAGCCCAUCAUAGGUAUGGCAGAGUUCUACGAGGAGAUUCUGUCCCUGGCGUUUGGGCUGACCUGCCAGACCAUCUCCCCUCAGAUGUGGCAGCUACUGGUGGUUCUCCACGGGGUCUUCCAGCACGACUGCUUUGACUACUUCACGGAUAUGAUGCCUCUUUUGCACAACUACGUUACCGUGGAUACAGACACGCUCCUGUCCAACCCCAAAUACUUAGAGGUCAUAUACACCAUGUGCAAAAAGGUGCUGACCAGUGAUGCAGGUGAGGAUGCAGAGUGUCACGCUGCUAAGCUGCUAGAGGUCAUCGUCCUCCAGUGUCGGGGGAGGGGCAUCGACCAGUGUAUCCCAUUGUUCGUGGAGGCGGUGUUGGAGCGUCUAACCAGAGGUGUGAAGUCCAGUGAGCUGAGGACCAUGUGUCUGCAGGUGGCCAUCGCUGCUCUCUACUACAACCCAGCCCUGCUCAUCCACACGCUGGACAACAUGCACUUCCCCCACACCCCACAGCCCAUCACCGCUCACUUCAUCAACCAGUGGAUGAAUGAUACUGAGUUCUUCCUGGGGCUCCAUGACCGUAAGAUGUGUAUCAUCGGACUGAGUGUUCUGAUGGAGCUACCCUCCAGGCCAGUGGUGGUAGAAGGGGUAGCGGGUCAGAUCGUCCCCAGCGUCCUGCUCCUGUUCCUGGGGCUCAAACACCUGUACUCCUCCCGCCUCCUCAACAAGCCAGACCUACUGGCCUGCACUGGGGUACCUGAGGAGGACCAGAACGAGGAGAUCCCCAGUGAUGAGGAUGAGGUGAAUGCGAACCGUAACACCACGAUGCAACAGCAGACCUGCACACCCGUAGGCCACGAGAACGAUGAGGAUGAGGAGGAUGAAGACUACUGGGAUGAAGAGGGUCUGGAGGGGACACCCCUGGAGGAGUACAACACGCCCCUGGACUAUGACAAUGGGGAGGAUGAGUACCAGUUCUUCACCGCUGCCCUACUCAGGGUCCAGAACACUGACCAGCCUUGGUACCAGUCUCUGACCACGCCCCUCAGUGAUGACCAGAAGAAACAGCUGCAGGAGAUCUACAGCCUGUCCCAGCAGAGGAGGAGCACCGCCGCCAAGGGCCAAUGAGCUGUAAGGGACAUGGCUGGAGGCCUGGAUGGAAGGAGGAGUAGCAGCAGAGUUCUGGCCUGAUCUGAAGUGGAUGUAAAACACACCAAGAACUGUUUCAGUCCAGAUCAGACCAGAUCUAACUAGACUUUACUGAUCCCACCAAGACUGGGCCAUCUAGAUCCAUAACUGAACUGGGUGGAGACCCACCAGAGACCAUAAUACCAGGACUUUACACACUUUACGGUUCACAUCCCAGACCGUAAUUGGACCACACCCACCCCAGAGAGAGAGUGUGUGAGUGUGUGAGAGAUUGAUGUCCUACUCUGUAUCACUGACCAGCGAAUUCAUCUUCUAGUACAGUGCAGUCCUUGGGUCUGUGAUUCUGUAACUGAGUGAAUGUAAGUAUUGUACACAAAAUCCCUGUUUCUUUAUAGCCUGGCUUUUGUAUGGUCUUGAGGACUGGCCAGAUGUCCUUGGUUGCCAUGGCAUCAAUCAGAACCAUGUGUUAGUUAGUCUGAACCAAGGCUGUGGUGCUAAUGGACGGACAGACAGACGGAAUAGGGGUCAGUGACCUUUGACCCACGGGGGGGUUCCUUUCACUCUGAUGAAAUGUAAUAGGGGGCAAGAUGCUGGGAGGAGAGCUUUUGUUUGUCUUUGUCUUGUUUUUAUAACUGUUUUCAUUUAACUUAAGAAAAUCAUAAACGUUCAUGUAACAUCUAGCCCAGUGCUCUUUCCCGUCACUAUAGUGAGUGUUUGUAUGUUUGUACUCCUCUGCCUGCAGGUGUGUGUUGGGGGUUAAGAUUUUUAUAUUGAUUUCGCACAGAGAACAUGUGGAUAUUGCUGUAGCUGAAACUUUGCAUCUUUGAACAUCUCUUCCUGCUCUGUUGAAUCAAUACUAGGUCAGAGUUCACUGCUGCGAUCAAUCCUCAUUUAUAAAACAUCCAGCCCAGUAACACACAGUUGGAUUGAACAACUACUGUAACAUUAUGCAGGUUAACAGUAUCAGCAGGAGUAAAUAUUUACAGGCUUCUCUCAGGGCCCAUGUUCAGAUACUUUAAAAGGGAUUCCUCCCUCCAUGGUUCUGACACAAGACAGAGGGAAUAACAGGGUGAAAUCUGGCUUUCACCAGUCCACAAACUAUCUGAACUUGGGUAUCAAAUUCAAAUCACAGCUGGGAAUCUCUCCAUACCAGACAGUUCUUUCUCUCAUGUCCCCAGCUGUCCUGAAAAAUGUCCUCUGGAAUGUUAGAGAUGUCCAAAUACCACAGGGCUUCUUUCUGCAUUUUAUUCAUUUGAUUCUCUAGUGGAGUCAGAGGGCUCUGCUUGCAGAGUUGGGAGUCAGAUCCUGAUGUUUCAGAUUGGACGCUUGGAUGGGUUUUGGUAAGGCGACGGCGCUCUUGCUCUCCCUCUCUCUCUCCCUAUGUUAGUAUUCUGUGUGUGUUCGGCUGCAGUUUGUAUGUUCUAGCCCACUGCAGUUUGUACUGAAGACUGUGUGUGUGCGAGACAGUAAGGAGCAGCCAAGCGUUGAAGAGCUGUCGAACUCUGCGGGCAGUGAAACCAACAUGGGGGGAGGGGGGGGUGAAUGAUGCUCUCCAACAAACACCCUCCCCCUCUCUCUCUUCAUUUCUAUUGGCCUGUAUGACUGAGUGACCGUUUUCUGUAGGUGAUGUUGCCUAUUCCUGACAGUUCCAGGCCCUGCUAGGAUGCUGUUGCAGUAAUUAUUCUUCAGUCUCACACCAGUAGAGGUGAGAGAGAGCGGUAUAGAGAGACCCAGUAUAGAAGGUACCAGUUAGAAAGAGUGAUACUGAUCCCUGCGGGUGAUUGUGUCAAAGUUUCAAAUGUGGCCAAUUAUCCAUGCCGAUCUACACUCCCUUCAGUUAACUCUAGUCUACUGCCCUGGUAAUAAUCAAGGGGAUUCUCUGGCCCCUGUGUCCCAGUGAGGGUGUCUCUCCUCCAGCCUGCCUGGUGGCCUCUUCCCCCUGGGGAGCAGAGUGGAGGUAAUGAUGAUGGCCAUAGGCCGUGGUGUGCUGGGCAAAGCUAAUCAGAUCUGAGUAUGAGAAGAGAAAACAAGGGUAGAGUCGGAGAGAGAGACCUGACUGCAGUUCAGCAACCAAAUAACCCAUUUCCACAGACAGUUUCAAAAGUGAGCUGAAGUCCCCAGCUCACUAUUGAGUGGAGUACUGUGAUGUGUGUUUGCUCUCUGGGGCAGCUAACUGCCUGUCUCUCUGCAGUGUGUGCCUCUGUCAGAAUCACUUACCUGGAUGGAUGGGGGUAGGCAAAGUUCAGGUGAAGUGCAUUUUGUGUCACGUGGUAGUUCCCUGCCCUUUAUAGCCACCCAAAACACACACACACACACACAGAGAACUCUCUCCUGCCGUUGUCUGUGUGUGUCCAGGGCACACAGGGACUGUCCACACGCCAGUGAAGCUGAGAGAUGCAGACUGACUAGCGCUGACUGUGGCUUUAUCUCUGUUGUGUGAGUCAGAGGUCCCCAGACUCCACCACAGUUGGUGAGGAGUGGGAAUAAAUGAAGGUGUCAAGUUUCCCAGGCGCUGGUGUCGACUUGAGGGAGCAUCCACAAACAGUGUGGCCUCCCUAUGAAACUGGCCUCUGCGAAGAGGACUGGACUUCUAUGGCACAGGUGAGAGUGUGCUGGCUCGCACUAACAAUACUGGGUCACUGGUUCAAGCCUCAUUCCUGACUACUCCCCUUCCACCGCUGCAUUAGUAAUGAGAUAUUUGAUUCCAAAUGGAGGUCUUGGCGACAUUGCAACUUCUGCUCACACGCCAGUUAAUUGCAUUUGCUUUAGUAAUGAGGGAGGCUGAUUGCAUAUCAUGAAUCAUGUGUCACUCUCCUGCCCUUGUGCCUCAUCUUCUUUAACCCCGGAGGGGUUCUGAAAGGGAGCGGGUCUCCAGUUGGGCUGGUCUGUGCUUCACCGUCACCUUUCCCGGUCAGAGGAAUAAGGCAAACUCAGAGGGAGGUUUUUCAGAGGACAUGUGAGAUGGUUCUGUACAGAGGAGAGAUGUGAAUGAAUAAACGGCAUGAGACAGAAUCAGUAAUAGCACAAGAGCAAUAAUGGUCUGUCUAAGGAGAUAGUGACACACGCAACGGACUGUAUAAUAGCAUCAACUACUAUUAACAACUAGUAAUAGGUUUAUUCUGGCGACUCCAUCCCAAAGCUCUUCAUUCCAGAGUAGUUGUAUUAUAAUCACCUCUCCUCCUAAUGAGCUAUUCAUCCUCAAGUACACCCUUGAGAUUUAAUACCACCUCGUGCUGCGAUGGGCCUGGCGGUGGCAUAACUGCCAGACCGGCUCGCUUAGUGGCAGUCAGCCACCGAGCUGUAAGCCUAGAGUAAUGAAAUCAAACGCUAUUGUAGAAAGAGAGGGGCCCGCACUCGCCUCAAACAUGUAACCGUAUCAUUACCGAUGGAUAACUGCUAUUGUGGUCGACACGCUCCGUCGCCCACAGGAAUGUAGGCCUGCCUAGCCCUUCUGGGCGGUGUGGCGGUUGGUGAGUGCACCAUGCAUUCUGAAGGCAAUUAGCGCACAGAACGGCACCUUGAACACUCGCAGAUGUAUCGUUGCAAUGAAAAAAAUAACUAAUAAGCAAAUUAACGAGGCAAAACCAUUUCAUUAUUUUUAGUCGGAGGCCAGAUGUUUUCUCCUGGUCCCAGAAUUGUGAGGUGAAUAUAUAUAUUCACCUCACAAUGCUGUGUGUGUGUGUGUGUGUGUGUGUGUGUGUGAGCAAUGUUCCCUCAAAUGUUUUCCGGCACUGAGCAAAUUUCAGGUCUGCUGAGUGCAAACUUGAACAUUGAAAAUUCUGUGCGACUUCCAGUGCGUGUUUACUGUGAACACUGAGGCUGUACCCACUUUAAGUUACACAGUUUUAACAGUGGCAAGUAGGCUACUGUGACUAUUUGCUCAUAAUGUAGGCCUACCAAAGUGGCCUGCCAUCAAAAUCAAAGGAGAAAAUGCAUCCCAUAACAUUCUAACAUGGAAAUAACUGUUCUAUCAUUCAGCCUACAGUAGCAGUCAAUGUGUGGUGUUCUCCUGUCCCCUCAGCCUACAGUAGCAGUCAAUGUGUGGUGUUCUCCUGUGCCCUCAGCCUACAGUAGCAGUCAAUGUGUGGUGUUCUCCUGUGCCCUCAGCCUACAGUAGCAGUCAAUGUGUGGUGUUCUCCUGUGCCCUCAGCCUACAGUAGCAGUCAAUGUGUGGUGUUCUCCUGUCCCCUCAGCCUACAGUAGCAGUCAAUGUGUGGUGUUCUCUUGUGCCCUCAGCCUACAGUAGCAGUCAAUGUGUGGUGUUCUCUUGUGCCCUCAGCCUACAGUAGCAGCGAAUGUGUGGUGUUCAAUGUCGGCCUACAUUCCAUGAGACUUAAAAAAACAAACAUGCAGAGCUUGACAUUAACCUGUUUACCCACUUGUCUUUCACUUAACAAAAUAAAAUGCAUUAUUAGUCUCAUACCAUUACUACAUAGACAGGUCUAAUAAUUCCCUAACUAGCAAAGGAUAUGAACAAAAUGUGCAUGUGGCUACAUGCAACUCUCACUUUGAUCUCAAAACAAGUGAAUCUACUCAUGACCACUCAUGCUGUAAACACAGUCCAGGUCAAAGUAAAUGGCAAAGAUCCAUAUAUGGUAAUGGUCUAUUGCAUGUAGGCCUACUGCAGUGGUGUAAAGUACUAAAGUAAAAAUACUUUUAAGUACUACUUUUUUGGGGGAGUAUCUGUACUUUACUAUGUAUAUUUUUGACAACUUUUACUCCACUACAUUCCUAAAGAAAAUAAUGUAUUUUUACUCCUUACAUUUUCCCUGACACCCAAAGGUACAAGUUACAUUUAGAAUGCUCAAGCAGGACAGCAUUAUGGCACUUAUAACACGUUGUCAUCCCUACUGCCUCUGAUCUGGCGUACUCACGAAACACAACUACUGUGUUUGUAAAUGAUGUUGGAGUGUGCCCCUAUAAUUAAAAAUAAUAUGAAAAUCA